AUGGCCCCCCUCCGCAGAUCUGGCCGCCAGCCGAGAGCUACGCAGAAAGCACCAUCACCCACGACAGCCACCAAGGUCAUCAUCAAGAAGCCAAAAAUCACACGGCGCAAGAACUGGUCCGCCGACGACCUUCUCACGAAUGCAAAAUCGCCAUUGGUGAACGGAGACAUCAGGGCUAUGCUCAGCGCCCCCGCCGCCUGGGAGAUCCUCACGGCAGACGAGCGCGCCGAGAUCAUCAUGCUGCUGCCGGCGGGAACACCCAUGCUAGACGCCGGCACGCCCGAGGCUCGUCCGGACAUGGCAAGCCUCGCCUCCGACGACUCGUUCCGCCAUGACUGCGCCAUGUAUGCCGAGAACUUGGGCGACGGCAAGCACGAUCCCCAGUGGCUUGAGGAGGCGUGGUCUGCACACGACGAGCGCGCUGCGGGGGAGUACGAGGAGUAUCUCGAGCAUCACUUUGAGGAGGAGUGGGGCGUGAAGCUGCCUGAUGAGAUGAAGAAAAGUCUCAGUGUUCGACGGGAGGAUGGAAGUACGAGCCGUGAGCUGAGUGCAACGGCGAACGGAAAGAGCGAAGUGAACGGCACUAUCGAGACGACGGGGGAUACGAGCAAUGGCGUUGAAGAGGAGUUUGUUGCGGAGGAUGGGCCUCCUGAAGAGCCAAAGUCACCUGUAAUGGAAACAUCUGUUGAGAAGGAGAUGAUUGAGAUGCAGAGACCUGUCAAGGGCGAGGCCAUGACGGGCAAGGAAGCCACCGAGGACGAGCAAGCCGCCAAGGACAAGGAAUCUACACUGGAGCAUGACACUGUUGAGAUCAAGGGGUCGGUUCCCUACGUGGCUGAGGCUUGA